GCGGGCACGAGCCUCGGGAGCGAGCAGGAGCCGCGGGAGCGAGCCGCGCUUGUCACUGGGCCCUGGCCGCUGCUGCUGCUGCCGCUGCUAUGAGUCUCCCCCCCGGGACCGUCUAGCCCCGCUCACUGUCUCCGGGAACCAAGCUCGCAGGCUCAGGCUCGGGGGUCGCUGCUGCCCCGCGUCCCCGUGUCGGGCUCCUGCAGGGGGGCCGCUGGGAGACGGUACUGCGCAGGCGCAGAGAGACAGCUUCCCCUGCCGCUGCUGCUGCUGCCACGACGGGAGCGACCAGAAACAUGGCGGAGCAUCACCCGGCUCCCGACGGCAGCAGGACCAAGUCCGCGCUCAACGCAGGGAACGGGACCCCGGCCCCGGCCCCGGCCGUCCCCGCAGCCGGCGGCCUGGCCCACCCCGCCGGCUGGCAGUCGCUGCUGUCCUGCACCGUGCUGGUGCUGGCCUGGCUGGCCGGCUUCAGCUCCCGGCUGUUCGCCGUCAUCCGCUUCGAGAGCAUCAUCCACGAGUUCGACCCCUGGUUCAACUACAGGUCAACUCACCACCUCACCACCAACGGCUUCUACGAGUUCCUCAACUGGUUUGACGAGAGGGCCUGGUACCCUCUGGGCCGGAUCGUCGGGGGCACAGUGUACCCCGGCCUCAUGGUGACUGCAGGACUCAUCCACUACGUGCUGAACCUGCUGCACAUCACCGUGCACAUCCGGGACGUGUGCGUGUUCCUGGCGCCGGUGUUCAGCGGCCUGACCUCCAUCUCCACCUUCCUGCUGACCCGGGAGCUGUGGAACCAGGGCGCGGCGCUGCUGGCCGCCUGCUUCAUCGCCAUCGUGCCGGGAUACAUCUCCCGCUCCGUGGCCGGCUCCUUCGACAACGAGGGCAUCGCCAUCUUCGCCCUGCAGUUCACCUACUACCUCUGGGUGAAGUCGGUGAAGACGGGAUCAGUGUUCUGGGCCAUCGGCUGCUGUCUCUCCUACUUCUACAUGGUGUCAGCCUGGGGCGGUUACGUGUUCAUCAUCAACCUGAUUCCUCUCCAUGUGUUUGUGCUGCUGCUCAUGCAGCGCUUCAGCAAGAGAGUCUACAUCGCCUACAGCACCUUCUACAUCGUGGGCCUGAUCCUGUCCAUGCAGAUCCCCUUCGUAGGCUUCCAGCCCAUCAGGACCAGCGAGCACAUGGCAGCCGCAGGUGUGUUCGUGCUGCUGCAGGUCUACGCCUUCCUGCAGUACCUGAAGGAUCGCCUCACCAGGCAGGAGUUCCAGACGCUCUUCUUCCUGGGAGUCUCUCUGGCCGCCGGAGUGGUUUUCCUCUCCGUCAUCUAUCUGACAUACACAGGGUACAUCGCUCCGUGGAGCGGACGCUUCUACUCCCUCUGGGAUACCGGCUACGCCAAGAUCCACAUCCCCAUCAUCGCGUCGGUGUCGGAGCACCAGCCCACCACCUGGGUCUCCUUCUUCUUCGACCUGCACAUCCUGGUCUGCACCUUCCCAGCAGGCCUGUGGUUCUGCAUCAAGAACAUCAACGACGAGCGCGUCUUCGUGGCCCUGUACGCCAUCAGCGCCGUGUACUUCGCCGGCGUCAUGGUGCGGCUCAUGCUGACGCUCACGCCCGUGGUGUGCAUGCUGUCGGCCGUGGCCUUCUCCAGCGUGUUCGAGCACUACCUGGGGGACGACCUGAAGAAGCAGGGCCCGCCGGCCGAGGACAGCAGCGACGAGGACGACCGGAAGAACGCAGGAAACCUCUACGACAAGGCGGGGAAGGUGCGUAAACACGUGUCUGAGCAGGAGAAGGCUGAGGAGGGUCUGGGUCCCAACAUCAAGUCCAUCGUCACCAUGCUGAUGCUGAUGCUGCUCAUGAUGUUUGCUGUUCACUGCACCUGGGUGACCAGCAACGCCUACUCCAGCCCCAGCGUGGUGCUGGCCUCCUACAACCACGACGGCUCCCGGAACAUCCUGGACGACUUCAGGGAGGCGUACUACUGGCUGAGGCAGAACACGGACGAGCACGCCAGAGUCAUGUCCUGGUGGGACUACGGCUACCAGAUAGCAGGCAUGGCCAACCGGACCACGCUGGUGGACAACAACACGUGGAAUAACAGCCACAUCGCUCUGGUGGGCAAGGCCAUGUCCUCCAAUGAGACGGCAGCCUUCGAGAUCAUGAAGUCCCUGGACGUGGACUACGUCCUGAUCAUCUUCGGAGGGGUGAUCGGCUACUCAGGAGACGACAUCAACAAGUUCCUGUGGAUGGUGCGCAUCGCGGAGGGGGAGCACCCCAAGGACAUCAGGGAAAGCGACUACUUCACCCCUCAGGGAGAGUUCAGAGUGGACAAAGCCGGUUCCCCCACUCUGCUCAACUGCCUUAUGUACAAAAUGUCGUACUACCGCUUCGGCGAGAUGCAGCUGGACUUCCGGACGCCCCCAGGCUUCGACCGGACCCGUAACGCAGAGAUCGGCAACAAGGACAUCAAGCUGAAGCACCUGGAGGAAGCCUUCACGUCGGAGCACUGGCUGGUCAGGAUCUACAAGGUCAAAAAGCUGGAGAACAGGGACCGCCUGGAGCACAAGCUGCGCAGCACCGACGCCACCAGACAGAAGUACACGUCUAAAAAGACGGCCAAAAGGAAGCGGGGGCACGUCAAGAACAAGAUGCUCCUCAAGAAGGGCAGGAAACUGAGCAAGAAGUCUUUAUAGGGAGUCCAGCACCCACGCAGGCAGACUGUGGACGGGAGGGAGGGACAUUUUACACAAACUUUCUACACACACGCAGCAAGAGUCCAAACACACCCAUCCAGAUGAACGAUGAACUGAUCUCCAGUGGUACCAGGAGCCCUGGAGGAGAGGAGACGGAGAUCAGGAGGCCAGUUUGAACCUGACGAACUGUGACCUUUGACUUUUCUUUUUGUACUUGAACAUGCGGAGGCGUCAGAGACCAGCCGUCCUGCACCCAGAACUCUGCUGAGGCUGCUCUCUGCAUGAAUCCAGGAGACCUGCCCCUCUGCCGGCCCUCACACCCCACCUGAGGUGACCAACGUCCCUCGGGUCAGUCCGGGUCUGACGGGACGGGUGUUUGUGACUGCGUGGCUGCUGUUGUCACGGUAACGCAGCUAGAUUCAUGAGACAGGGUGUAAACAAACCUCCAGGUUUCACCGGGAGAAGCAACGGUUAGCAGACAGAUCAUAAACUCUGCUGGUAACGUGGCAACGACGUCCACAAAGUGGUCCAAUAACCUCUUCAUGCUGUUACUUACAGAAGAGUGUUAGGGCCAGGCAGGAGAAACGAUAUUUGAGAGGGGAAGAAUUUUUUUUAUUGUGCACUUCAGGAAAAAUUUGUCAAAAUUUCGUGAAUAAAGUUGAAAUGUUGAGAAAAAAGUCGAAAUGUUGACAAUAAUGUUGAAAUACAAUUUCAAGAAUAAGUCGAAAUUUUGCCUUUUUUCUCAACAUUUCAACAUUUAUCUUGAAAUUUUGACUUUUUUCUCAACAUUUCGACUUUUUUCUUGAAAUUGUACUUCAACAUUAAUCUCAACAUUUCAAAUACAUUUUUUCUCAAUAUUUCGACUUUAUUCACGAAACUUUGACCUUUUUCUCAACAUUUCGACUUUUUUCUCAAUUAUAUUUCAACAUUUAUCUCGAAAUUUCGCCUUUUUUCAUAACAUUUCGCCUUUUUUCUCGAAAUGCAUAAUGGGAAAAGAUCUUCCUCCUCUAAAAUAUUUGUAUUUUUCUCCCGCCUGGCCCUAAUACUCUUCCGUAGUUUCUGCUGCAUCAGGGGGUUAUUCUGACUCUAUUCUGACUACACUGGAGCCUCCAUUUCCCAUAAUGCAAACUAACAUCACUAAUGAUCAGUAAUGGAGAGAGCCGCUCUGAUCCGGUUUGUUUACAUCCCGUCAGCUACUGCCUGUGUGACUCCUCACAACUACUAAUUACGGUUCUGAACGAGUGUCAGAACCGGUAAAGACGGUUUCCAAAACAUAAAAUAAGAGAAGAGAAGAGAAAAACCCGAGCCGUAAAGCUGCUGGUGUCAGCACCCCAGAGCCGGGCUUCCCCAGGAAAUACCCGCCCUGACUGCAGCUCGGAGGGUCCAGAACCAGAACCUGCUGGUCCUAGUCCAGAACCAGGACCACGUCCUCCUGGUCCAGAACCAGGACCAGGACCUGCUCUCCUGGUCCAUCCCCUCCAGAACCCUCUAGACCCAGAGCAUCUUCGGCAGGAGGCUUAGAGUCGCCACGGUUACGGGAGCAUCACACUUUGCUCUUAUGUUUUUUUUCUUUCUUUUUAAGAUUGGAUCCCUAAAUAUUCACUUUUCAUAACAAGACUUCCCUUUAAUAAUAGUUCUCAUUCAGUUUGUUGUAAAUAUUCCUGAAAACACUCUGCCUUUCAGAGAUUAUCCGAGGAUCCGGCUGGUGAAGACAGCGGAGGCCUGACAGAAAUAAAAGCCCUCGUGCUCCAGAGCUGCAGUCAGUGGGUGUAUUUAUGAAACCAGCACAGCCGAAAUCCCGGGAUUUGAUUUGGUUGGGAAUAUUUAAACAAUGUCAAUGCUCUUCCAUCAAUUGUAAUGAUCUGGAUGCAGGUGUGAGAGUGAAACAUGCCUUUUUGAAUAAAGAGGUUGAAAUAAAA